AUGGACGACACUCAGCUCUGCUUUCCACAGCUCAACUCCUCCUGUAUAAAGCCCAGGCGUCCACACACCCAGGCCGUGCUUCUUCACAUCCUGCUGUCCUCCAUCUCUCUGCUGACCACAGCUCUCAACCUGCUCGUCAUCGUCUCCAUCUCCCACUUCAAGAAGCUCCACUCUCCCACCAACCUCCUCCUCCUCUCUCUGGCUGUGUCAGAUUUCUUUGUAGGCAUCCUCAUGUCCUUUCAGAUUAUCCUGGCAGAUGGCUGCUGGUUCCUUGGCGACGCUGUGUGCAUGCUGUAUUGUGCUUUAGAUUACGUCGUAACCUCGGCCUCGGUAGGAACAAUGGUGCUCAUAUCAGUCGACCGCUACGUUGCCAUCUGCGACCCGCUGCAUUAUCCCACCAAAGUCACUAUGAGGCGAGCUACUGUGUGCACCAGUCUCUGCUGGGCCUGUUCCUUUCUAUACAACGGAGUCUUACUGAAGGACAACCUCAAGCAGCCGGGCAGGUACAACUCCUGCUCUGGAGAGUGUGUGGUGGUCAUCAGCGACAUGAUGGGAGUCGCAGACCUCAUUUUGACCUUCAUCGGCCCCGUCACCGUCAUCAUAGUUCUGUACGGGAGAGUGUUUGUGGUGGCCGUGUCUCAGGCUCGAGUCAUUCGCUCUCAUACGUUCACACUGCAGGGUCCACAGACUGUCUACGCCAAGAGAUCAGAGCUGAAGGCAGUCAGGACUCUGGACCAGAGCAGCGUGUUCGACGUCACAUCGGUGCCCUUAGAGCUCUGGCUGUUCUAUUUUAACUCUUGUCUGAACCCGAUCAUCUAUGCAUUUUGCUACCCCUGGUUUCUGAAAUCUGUCAAGCUCAUUGUUACAUUAAAGAUAUUUGAGCCUGAGUCCUGUGAGGCCAGCGUACUGUAA